GUUUUGCUCACCAAGGAAGGCAAAAAGAAAAAUGCAGCAUUUGCCUCUCUGCAGGCUCAAGGACAAUUUGGGAAGACAAGAAAAAUGUUAGUUAUUAUAGAACUUGUAUAAUAUAAAAGAGGAAAUAAUUUUAUUGAAUCGAACACAGGAGUAGGUCCUCUAUCUUCUUAAAAUUGAAUUAAACUCCCUGCACUUAAAGCUGAGAAAUUGAUAAAGCAUAAAUCUUUGAUGCAGAAAUGCAGUGUAACAAUAUAUUCUAUAUUUCUUUUGUUUCAGUUAUAGAUGAAGCAACUUGCAAAAUAUUCCUAAAAUAUGAAGUAAGAAAGUAAUAUUUAAGUGUGAGGUAAUCAUUAUAUCUCUUUAUCCAUCAAAGUGGCUACGUUGCAACUUGCAAAAAUAUUCCUAAAACAUGAAGCAAGAAGAAUAAUAUUUAAAUGUGAUAUGAUCAUUAUACCUCUUUAUUUAUCUUCUUCUCUUCUGUGCUUAUAUCUUGCACCAAAUAUUGGGCACACCAAAGUGUUCAAGAAGAAAUCAGUGAUUCCCAUAGCCGUUACUCCUUGUAAUGGGGGUGUUGAAGUUCAAGCAUAUCUCCUUUGGGAACGUUGUUGCGUCCAGUGGAGCCUUCCAGGCAGUGUUCACCUUCCUUUUGAUUCCAUGUUGCAUGACUGUCAAUUUCAGAGCACCACCUCUAAUCUCAAAUGUUACUUUUCUCUGGGGCUAGAAUGCCCCUAUAGAACUUUGUCCUGAAAUGUAAAAUGUGCCACUAGAUCUGAGCCAGUAGGAGGCCCCAAGAAACAUCACAGGGCAAAAUCUUAGAAUCUUUUAUGCUAGUAGGCUUGGCUACUAUCCUUAUAUUGAUGAAAAAACAGGCAAAAUUGUGAAUGGAGGCAUUUUCCAGAUGGCAGACUUAACAAAGCAUUUGACCAAAGCUGAGGAAGACAUUUCCUAUUACACGCAAAGGAGCCACGUGGGCUUGGCUGUCAUCGACUAGGAAAUGUGACGGCCCAUCUGGGCAAGAAGCUGGAAACCUAAAGAUGUCUACAAGAAGACAUACAUUGAGUUGAUUCAGCAACAAAAUAGUCAACUGGAUAUCCGAGAGGCCACCAAGAUAGCUGAAACAGAUUUUGAAAAGGCAGCAAGGAGUUUCAUGCAAGAGACUUUAAAACUGGGAAAGUGACUUCGGCCAAAUCUCUUAUAGGGUUAUUAUCUUUUUCCUAACUGUUACAACAAGCUAUAUAAAAUGCCUGGUUACAAUGGAAGUUGCUCUGAUAGAGGAAAGAGUAGAAACGAUAGACUUGAAUGGUUGUGGAAGGAAAGCAUUGCCCUUUUCCCAUCCAUUUAUUUGCAGACUGACCUAAAGUCUUCUGUCCUCACUGCACUCUUUGUCUGGAUUGUUCCGGAAGCCAUUCGGAUGUCUAAAGUAGGCGAUGCUCAAAGUCCACUUCCAGUUUUUGUAUAUGCCCGCCCAGUUUUUGCUGAUGCAUCUUUGAAAUACCUUUCUCAGGAGGACCUUGUGAAUACACCUGGUGAAAGCAUUGCUCUGGGUGUCUCUGGAAUUAUAAUGUGGGAAAGCCUCAGUUUAACCCGAAGUAGGCAAUGUUGCAUGAACCUAGCCAAUUACAUGGAGACCACACUGAAUCCUUACAUAAUCAACAUCACUUUAGCAGCCAAAAUGUGUAGCAAAGCGCUUUGCCAGGGACAAGGAAUACGUACAAGGAAACACUGGCAUUCCAAUGACUAUCUUCACCUGAGCCCAGUGAAUUUUGCUAUUCAAACUGGGAAAGGUGGAAAGUACGCAGUAAGUGGGAAACUCACACAUGAAUACCUGCAACAACUUUCUGAAAAAUUUUAUUGCAGCUGUUAUGCUGGCUUCAAUUGUGAGAGAAAUGAUAUACAAACCAUUCAUGAUAUCGACGGGUGCAUGGGUGAAGACAUUUGUAUAGACAUUUUUCUGAAUGCAGAGCCUGGUGAAUAUCCUUCCAGCGGGGAAGAAGAGCCUUCUCUAGCUUUUACCAACAUUCCAUCUACCACGACACUUGCCACAGAGCUUCAGUGGGUGCCUCAAUUCCAACUGUUCAGAGAAAGCCAUCUCCACCAAUGCCCAAGAAGACUGUCAGGGUGUUAAUGGGAAAAACCUUCAAAACAAGAAAAAAUUAACCUAUUCAAGUAUAAGUUCAGUGUUUGUUAAAUUUCCUAUCCACAUACUUUGUGUGUUGACAUCUUUUAAAUUUUUAUAUUUAAUAAUUUUGUUUUUAUAGGCAAGUAAUAAUACCUACGUACUUGAAGUUUUAUAUUUGACAUGUGAAUCAAAACCCGUAGUCAAAAAAGCAUUUUGACUUUGAGCAAAGAUUAUUUUCCCUUGAUCAGUUUGAGCUUGGAAUUACUGAUGGAUAAAGAACCUUGACUAUAAUCUUUAGUUUUCAAAAUUGUAGUUGGGAAGUAAAUCCCUUAUUAAGACAUUUUGCUUUUGAAA